UCUAUCGAAAGGUUUCUUACUGACGCUUUCUGGUCGCCACCCAGGGCCAUGGCAGUCUCCAGCAGUACGGAGUGAAACGUUACGGUCGGCCAACAUAUUUUCCUCGGACCAACCCGGAAGUUGUUUGUCUGUCUCCCUCUGACUGGAAGUGCUGCUCCGACCCUUGUAACCUCUCCGUUUGGUUGGAUAAAGGUGAGCUCGUGGUUGGCGACAUUACAUGCGAAACACAUAUAGCGGUGCCCUUGAAUAGGAGGACUUUAUUUCCAUUCAUUUGUUUUCUUUCAUGCGCACUCGGAACUGAAACGCUUCCUUGUUUACAUCGGACCCGACUGCUCUGCUGCCUAAAAGCACGUGUGCAGACAGGAGGUACACAUGCUAGCGUGAACUGUCGGGACAUGUGGACGUGACUAGAAAUGGCGACAACGUUUUUUUUGGUGGCCCUAUGUGUUUUUGGGAGUCCUGUGCUGAGCUUUAACAAGGGCAGAAGAAGUGAACACAUCUGAGUCUGACCCAUGGCUGUGCUGGGGGGGGCUUUCUGUUCCGCCCCUGUAAAACACAGUCAGUCAUUUGUCGGCUCCAGGUCUCCGUGCGACAAACUUCAAGACUGUCGCUCUCCCUCGGCAGCCGUCUGCUCCAUCUUCACCAGGUGUGAGCGUCGGCAAGGUGUGCGCAUGUGUGUGUGGCGCGAGCGUGCUCAGGGGUGAUGUACUGUGCGUAUCUGGAUCGGAGGGAGUUGGAGGACCAUCUCUACCAAGAGGAUGAAGGGGACUCUGAUGGGUCCGAGGCCAACAGCGAGCUGGAGUUCCACCUGUACAGCCAGCUCCACUACUCCUCUAAUGCUAGGGCUCUGGAGGAGCAGGAGGACAGGGGGGAGACGGCAGAAGGCCAGGAUAGCCAGCAGCCUGAAGGGCCCGAGAAGGCCAUAGAUGCCGACGGAGAGGGGGAACACACUGGAGAAAGUAGGUCUCCGUCACCCGAUUUGAGCAAGUUACAGCAGCUCCUGAAGGAGAAGAAGGAGGACGAGGAGAAGAAAAGGCAAAAGCAAGAGAAACUAAAUAAACAGAAGAUGGGGAACCCUAAAAGUCCGAGGUCGGCAUCGUCAUUUUUUGAGGAGGUCAUCGUGAUUGACUCCAGCCCGGACGUCAUCUCCAUCUCCGAGAAUGACACUGAUGAUGAUGAUGAAGGGGUCUGCAGCUUAAAGGGCCAAAACCUACGCCGACGGCAGACUUCCACCCCGGCCCAACAGGGAAGCAAGAAACUGAGUCUCAGUGCGCCGGUGACUGUGGACUCCAGCACCUCCGCGUCCGACUCCGACUCGUCGGAUUCAAAGUCGGAGUCGUCCGAUUCGGAUGUUCUGGAGAACUGGAUGAUCCUGGGUCAAGGGACGCAGGACGGAGACCAGUGCAUCUUGCUCAACCUGGAUUGCGGGUCCGACAGCAACAAAGAUGCUGAAGAAGAAGAAGAAAGUGUCUGGUUGGUUUCUACCAAGGACAAAGAGUCUCGGAUCUAUAACCGAGACAAGAGUUCCAGGGCGACGCCGCUGCGGAUGUCAAACAGAUAUUACACCAAUAAGGACGUGCAGUGCAGAAACUGCAACAAGAACGGACACCUCUCCAAUAACUGCCCUGAGCCCAAGAAGUUGGCGCCCUGCUACCUUUGUGGCAUUACCGGCCACCUGAUCAGUGGAUGUCCCAAAAAGCACUGCAACAACUGCGGGCUGCCGGGACACCGCUACAGUUCCUGCAGCGAGAUGGCGCACUGGCAGAAGCGGUGCAAGCGCUGCUGCAUGACGGGGCACCUUUUCGACGCCUGUCCGGAGAUCUGGAGACAGUAUCACAUCACGACGACGGCGGGAGCUCCUGCGAGGCAGCGGAGCGAGGACCGGGGUCGGGCACACCCGGUCUACUGCUACAACUGCUCCAGGAAAGGACACUUCGGCCACGUGUGUAAGUGGAAGAGGAUGUUCAAUGGGACGUAUCCCAGCAGCCCAAUCAUCAAUUACUACGACUUGAAGAAGGACUUUAAGCACAGAGAAAACUGGAUAAUGUCAAAGGUUAAAGAACUGAAGAAAAAAGGCUUUUUUUUAACAACCAGCUUUCGGCCGCCUCCCACUCCAGAACCGCCAAGCAAGAUACAGAAAGUCGGUCAUCACCACCUCCACCACAGACCCAACCACGUCUUUUUCAACGACAGCGACUUCGUCGAGGCCGCGGCACCCAAAUCCAAAAAGAACAAUAAGCACAAGCAACAAGAAAGCCACGUGAAACCAUGGAAACCCAAGAGACCGGUUCCCACCUCCAAAGACCGUCCCCCGGCGGCUAAACUCAUCGUGGAUGAAGCGAAGGACUUCCCCAGAGGUGGAGGCAAAGGCAAAGAUGCCGAGAAGAAGAGGAAGAGGUUGAGUAACAAAAAGCGAGCUCCUUCAGCGCCACCAGAGGCGGCCACCAGUCCGCAGGGGUCGCCGAGGGUGAAGCGGAACAAAAAGAGUCGGGGGCGGAAGAACAAAAAGGCCGCCGCACAGAUGUACCCGGCGGAUGAGAACCUGUUCAUCAUCAAACAGAGGAAAGGCAAAAAAUAGCGACCAGUUUGUGCGAGGCGGAGGCGUUCGCGGCGUUUUGGGGACGUCUCAGACAUUUUUGCUGACUCAGGUCUUAGUUGGAGAUGCCAGUGCUGCUUUGUGGGGUUCAUCUGCCUUUUUUUGUUUUUAUUACCAAAGAUGUUUUGACACGGCACAGUAGGAAAAGCACAGAUGCAAAUGUUGGAAGGAAUGAAUGUUUCGGGGUCUCUGUCGCGCUGUCGUGCCUUACUGGGGCACUCGAAUAGGCCGGGAGGGGCUCACCAUUUUUAACAAGUCUGUUUUAAAGCAAUGUGAACAUUCAAAACGGUAUCACGGCAGCAGUUUGUGAAAUAGUCACACAAUGCAAUCUGUUGACAAUUUGAGCAGUUUUUUUUUCUCUCGCUGUGAUCAUCACUCCAGGUCAUACUGGCGCCAUACUUAGAUCUACUCCUAAUGCACUCUGUGUGAGGGAUGGGUGACACAAUUCAGUUGUUUUGUGCAAAAAUGUAUUUCAAAGUGUAUCUGAAACUGCAGUGUGAGUUUGACAAAUCAAGUACAAAGAUCCCCUCUUUUUUUAGUUCCUCCACGGCAGCUGAACAGGGAAACACUGACCAGGACAACACGAAAGGAGUACCUAACUUUGGAAGAUAUCCACUUGAUUUGUAGAACAUCGUAUUGGCUUCAGAUAAACUUCUGAAUUCAUUUUUGCUCAAAAUGGCCGACUGGAAGCGCUUUAAAAAAAAGUGAUCUUUUAAUGUCUAGUAUGAACGGGAGGGAGCAAAGAAACAUUGAACAUGAAGCUCUCCUUUCAACGUCAUUAUUUCCACCUGUGGUUUUCCUGCUAUGGGGAGUCAAAAUGUCUGCUGAGAAGAAAAAGGCUGCUUUUAUUCAGUCGAGUAGUUAUUUAAGUCAUCUCCACAGUUCCAACGGGUUUAGUUGCCUCAACUUAUCAGUUAUCAAUAGAUGGUAUAAUGAGUAGUGGUUAAGAUGAUCGAUUGAUGUCAUUAUCAUAUUCUCUCAUGUUGUUCACAUAAGUUGCAUGAUGUGAAUUAAAAACAGUAGAAUUUAAAAAUGUUCCAUCCCCGAAGAAUGGGAAAUUGAAGAGAUGCCGCUUUUUUCUUGUUUUUUUUUCUUCUACUCUACUCUCAUAAUUUGUGAAUUAUCUAAACAUUUGAACAUACUGUAAAUAUCUCUACUGAGACAUGUUUGAUGCAAAUCUGCAGAAAGUUGUGAUCUGGAUAGAAUGCAUCGCUGACAUGCAGCCCUGACAGUAUUAACCCUUUUAGCCAUCCACUACAUCAAUGCAGUUAACAUGAUGACAUAACUUCACAUGUUAAGUGUUACUUUGAUAACAUGAUAUGCCCUAAAUCUCUGGGAUGAAUACAACUUGAGCCUGCGCCGUCGUGACUUCUUAUUUCCUUCAUUCAGGUAUAGAUGUCUUGUUUAUUUAGAAACUGUUCCAUAAUUAUUUACAUUACUUUUUAUAUGAAUAACCACAUUAAUAUGUGAACUAAAGGAAACUCUACCAUCAAGAUCACAUGGGGGAGUAAUGUGCUGACAAUACCACCAGUAAUGGCCUCAAAGGAUGAAGACUGGCAUUUCAACAAUCUUUUUCACAUUUUAUGAACCAAAUGAAACUAAAUAAAACAAUAUUUUCUGCUCAAAA